CUAACGGAAAUACGGAAAUAAUGCUACAACGUGCCUAUAGGAUAUCGCUAGCUCGUGCUUGGUUUUGCCCUUCUUCCUUGCUUGAUCUGCCCACUAUGCUUCAUUUGCUCACACUCUAAAAGACACUGAACCUUCUUGGGUUAGUUCUAUCUUUGUUAUAACCGUCUAUCUAGUAGCUGUUAGCUUAUUCCAGUAGCUAGCUAGCCACCUGUCUUUGAUACGUAUGUGUACAGUUCUAGGAGAGAGAGGAUAUUUGUAACUAGCUGAUUUUUAUGACGAACAACAUAACGUUUGGGAAGUGGUAAGAAUAUUGUGUGAAAUGGAUAGACCUUCUGCAGUACUACACUGUGUUAUUAUCUGUAGCUAAAGCUAGCUAGCAAGUUUGAUACAUGCAUACCACCUACCCACAAGUAAAAAAGGGUGUACGGGUUUAUUAAUUUGUUAGUUACGAGCAUGUUGCUGCGCUAAAUCAUUGGAGGAAGAGAGACCUGACUGGGCACUGGUGCGAUCUGUAGGAGGCUAAAUCCAAGUCUUUCCAUUAUAGUAAACCAAACUGGGAAACAAGGGGGGCAGCUCAUCCAUAGAAGACUGUCUGUGAACUCUUGGACUGGUACCAAUAAGGGAAGGGGGGUUGAUUUUCCAGUAUUGGAUUGAUGUUGUUGCAGUUAUGUCAGAGGCCAUCCUCACCUUCCAGUACCAGCUCAAUGGAGUCAUGGAAACGGUCCUCAAAACUGCUGUGCAUGAGAUCACUCGGCUGGUGAAGGACAGCUUCCUGAAGGAAGUGACCGGGAGCAAGCGGGAAGUGGAAAUCUUGAAGGAGAGGCUGCAGCAGUGUGAGCAGAGAUGGAGGGACGGCGAGGAGGAGAGGAAGAGGAGGGAAGUUGAAGAGAGAGAGCAGAAAAAGAAGAGGGAAGAGAGAGAGCAGAGGGUGUUGUGUAGAAGAUGUGGUUGUGCUGGAGACACAGAGAAGAGGGAAGAGGCUCUGUUAGGAGCAGAGGAAGGUUGUGUUAUCAAACAGGAGAUGUUCCAGUCAGGUGGACCCAGCACUCUCCCAGAGAGAAAGGGUCCACAGGAAAUGGCCACACCCAGCUCUUCCUGUGUCUCUGAAAGGAUGGACGAGAGGGAGGCCCAUGUGGUCCAUAUCAAAGAAGAGCCCAAUGACUGGGAGGAUCUGGUUACCCAGAUGGUCACAUCCACAGAUGCCUCCAUAGUGAGCCUGAGUCGUCUGCAGAGAUUGAGCUCACAUGCUGGGGCUUGGACCAGUGAGCCUCAGCCUCCACCUCCACUCCCAGCACCAUGGGCCAGUGAGUCUCUUCCUCCAGCACCAUGGGCCAGUGAGCCUUUUCCUCCAGCACCAUGGGCCAGUGAGCCUCCACCUCUACCUCCAGCACCAUUGGCCAGGGAGCCUCCACUACCUCCAACACCAUGGAUCAGGAAGGAGCAGCUCCUACUUUCAAGGUCAGUGAUACCCACACAGGGGACAGAGCAUGCUGUGGGGGCCCUCGAAAGCAUCAACACAACGGCACAGCUGAGGGUCAAACCCUUCAGCUGCCCACACUGUGGGAAGAGCUUCCCUCAGCUCCGAAACCUGAAAGACCACCAGAAGUACCACCACACAGGGAAGAAGGCCUUCACCUGCUCCCAGUGUGGUAUGGGUUUUGUGUACAUGUGCCACUUCAGGGUACACAUGCAGCGCCACACGAGGGAGAGGGCAUUCAGCUGCUCUCAGUGUGGGAAGAGCUUCAGCCUUCAGAGCGGCUUGGAGAAACACCGGGUCCUUCACACUGCAGAGAGGCCUUACAACUGCACGGACUGUGGGAACAGAUUCUAUUCUAAAGUGGACCUGAAAAUACAUGAACAGAUUCAUGCAGCAAGGUAGACCUUUGACAUGAAGCAGGUUGAUUUAGAAAAUCAGAGGGGGGGGGGGGGGAUAACUGCCCACGUGUACUAUGUUCAAUGUAUCUAUUAGUUGCUGAUUCAUUUAAUGUUGAGAGGAAUAAAAC